AGUGACAUCAGCAAACGUUAGCAACAGAGGUACAAACGAGUCAAUUGCCCGCCGCGGAACAAAAACGCUACUUUUUGAAGAGACUUUUUUCACAUUAUGGCUGCCCAAUCAUUGACUAAACAAGCACUUCGAACUGCCCUGCGGCGGUCUCAGCCGUACGUACACACGCGGCCCUACAGCAGGAUACGGCCAUGCCUUGGCCGCGACCACUUACGGAUACCGUCUCUAUACUUCACCCUCCCAGCGCCCCGGCUGUUCCAAUCAUCGGCUCAACAUGCGUCAGUGAAGACUCCCGACGCGGGCAAAGCUCCAACGCCGGAGCGAACAGAAGCGCCACCCUCGCAGAAGACGGAGAUCUCCAUGCAAGAGUACCACGAGAAAGCGGACGAGUUUCUUGAUGCACUGGUGGCAACGCUGGAGAAGAGGCAAGAGAGCAAGGGCGAUCUGGAUGUCGAAUACAGUGCUGGCGUCUUGAGUAUUGACAUGGGCGAGAAGGGGACGUAUGUCAUCAACAAACAGCCUCCGAACAAGCAGAUCUGGCUGUCUUCACCCAUCUCAGGCCCGAAGCGUUAUGACUGGGUCCUUUACUCAGAGGGACAGGACCAGAAGGAGGGCAGCGGCGUCGGCGACUGGGUGUACCUCCGGGACGGGACAAGCUUGACGCAGCUUCUUAAGAAGGAGAUUGGCGUAGAUCCCACUCUCGAUGCCGACACAGAAAUUUGACGUUCAGUAGCUUUGUAGGGCGCGCAUUGGGAAUCUCUUUGUUCAUACUGUAUUAAUUUCGAACUGCUCGCGUGCCAGCGAAAAUCUGACCGGAAAGGUCAUGCGCGACCCGCGAUUUGGGGUGCCGCAACUGUGCAAAUAGUAUCUUAUACCAAAUGACAAAUCUCGACGGAUGGGUAAAAAAAUGAAGUCAACCUCGUAGCUACCGGUCUCUUCUGCUGCCACUCCUUGAUAAAAA